CUUCUAUAGUCAUGGCAAAACCUUAUGAAUUUAACUGGCAGAAGCCAGUUCCUUCCUUUAUGCAAGAUGGAGCUGUGUUUGACAGAUAUGAAGAGGAAUCUUUUGUCUUUGAAAGCAACUGUCUCUUCCAAGUGGAUGAAUUUGGCUUUUUUCUGAGCUGGAAAAGUGAAGGAAAGGAAGGACAGGUAUUAGAAUGCUCCCUGAUCAACAGUGUUCGUUUUGGAGCUGUACCAAAGGAUCCCAAAAUACUAACUGCACUCGAGGCUGUUGGAAAAUCAGAAAACGAGCUGGAAGGACGGAUAGUGUGUGUCUGCAGUGGCACGGAUCUGGUGAACAUCAGCUUCACUUUCAUGGUAGCAGAAAACGCAGAAAUAGCCAAGCAAUGGGUAGAAGGGCUUGGAUCCAUCAUACAUAAUUUUAGGGCGAACAAUGUCAGUCCAAUGACGUGUCUCAAGAAACACUGGAUGAAGCUGGCCUUUCUAACAAACACAAAUGGGAAAAUUCCAGUUCGGAGCAUUACCAGAACCUUUGCAUCAGGUAAAACAGAAAAAGUGAUCUUUCAGGCACUUAAAGAAUUAGGUCUUCCCAGUGGAAAGAAUGAUGAAAUUGAGCCUGCAGCAUUUACUUACGAGAAAUUUUAUGAGCUCACCCAAAAGAUAUGUCCCCGAACUGACAUAGAGGACCUCUUUAAGAAGAUCAAUGGAGACAAAACUGAUUAUUUAACGGUAGACCAAUUAGUGAGCUUUCUAAAUGAACAUCAACGAGAUCCUCGGCUCAAUGAAAUUUUAUUUCCCUUUUAUGACACAAAAAGAGCAAUGCAGAUAAUUGAGACGUAUGAGCCAGAUGAAGUCUUGAAGAGUAAAGGUGUCAUAUCGAGUGAUGGGUUUUGCAGAUACUUGAUGUCAGAUGAAAAUGCCCCGGUUUUCCUAGACCGUUUGGAAUUGUAUCAAGAAAUGGACCAUCCUUUGGCUCAUUAUUUCAUCAGUUCCUCUCACAAUACAUACUUAACAGGCAGGCAGUUUGGUGGCAAGUCUUCAGUGGAGAUGUACAGACAAGUGCUUUUGGCUGGAUGCAGGUGUGUUGAGCUGGACUGUUGGGAUGGCAAAGGUGAAGAUCAAGAACCAAUAAUAACGCAUGGAAAAGCAAUGUGUACAGAUAUUCUUUUCAAGGAUGUAAUUCAAGCCAUUAAGGAAACAGCAUUUGUCACAUCAGAGUAUCCUGUCAUUCUUUCAUUUGAAAAUCACUGCAGCAAAUAUCAACAGUACAAGAUGUCAAAAUACUGUGAAGACCUUUUUGGAGAUCUCCUGUUGAAGCAGCCUCUAGAAACGCAUCCACUUGAUCCAGGUAAAGCCUUACCUUCUCCUAAUGACCUCAAAAGAAAGAUUCUCAUAAAGAAUAAAAGGCUGAAACCUGAAGUAGAAAAAAAACAGCUUGAUGCUCUGAAAAAGAUGAUGGAAGCUGGGGAAACUGCUGCUCCUGUAAAUAUCCUAGAGGAUGAUAAUGAAGAAGAAAUAGAAAGUGCUGACCAGGAAGAGGAAGCUCAUCCAGAGUACAAAUUUGGAAGUGACCUUACUGUAGAUGAUUACAGUCAAAAAGAAGCUGUUGCCAUCAGUGUUAAAAAGGCUGUUGAAGAUUCUGAGCAAGAAAACAGUAAAAAGGGUUUAGUAACUGUUGAAGAUGAACAAGCAUGGAUGGCAUCUUACAAAUAUGUAGGUGCCACAACCAAUAUACAUCCAUAUUUAUCAACAAUGGUCAACUAUGCUCAACCUGUAAAAUUUCAAGGUUUCGAUGUAGCUGAAGAACGUAAUAUUCACCAUAAUAUGUCUUCUUUCAAUGAAUCGGUUGGACUGGGGUAUUUGAAGACUCAUGCCAUUGAGUUUGUGAAUUAUAAUAAACGACAAAUGAGUCGGAUAUACCCAAAGGGAGGCCGAGUGGAUUCCAGUAAUUACAUGCCUCAAAUUUUCUGGAACGCUGGCUGCCAGAUGGUCUCACUGAACUAUCAAACCCCAGAUUUAGCAAUGCAGUUGAACCAAGGAAAAUUUGAAUAUAACGGAUCGUGCGGGUAUCUGCUUAAACCGGAUUUCAUGCGACGACCAGAUCGAACGUUUGAUCCUUUCUCUGAAACUCCUGUAGAUGGUGUAAUUGCUGCAACAUGUUCUGUACAGGUAAUAUCUGGCCAGUUCUUAUCAGACAAAAAAAUUGGUACGUAUGUAGAAGUGGAUAUGUAUGGUUUACCCACGGACACGAUACGUAAAGAAUUUCGAACACGCAUGGUGAUGAACAAUGGUCUGAACCCUGUUUACAAUGAAGAAUCAUUUGUAUUUCGAAAGGUUAUUCUCCCUGAUCUUGCUGUCCUGAGAAUAGCAGUGUAUGAUGACAAUAAUAAGUUGAUUGGCCAGAGGAUCCUGCCUCUGGAUGGUCUGCAAGCCGGUUACAGACACAUUUCCCUCCGGAAUGAGGGCAACAAACCACUCUCGCUUCCAACGGUUUUCUGCAACAUUGUGCUUAAAACAUACGUGCCUGACGGCUUUGGAGAUAUUGUGGAUGCUUUAUCAGAUCCAAAGAAAUUUUUGUCUAUCACAGAAAAAAGAGCAGACCAAAUGAGAGCUAUGGGUAUCGAAACUAGUGAUAUAGCUGAUGUACCAAAUGACACCUCAAAGAACGACAGAAAAGGAAAAGCCAAUAAUGCCAAAGCCAACGUAACGCCCCAGAGUAGCUCUGAACUGCGACCGAGUACCACCGCAGGCUUUGGAUCUGGGACCGAUGCUAAGAAAGGUAUAGACCUUAUUCCUCAAGUGAAGAUAGAAGAUUUAAAGCAAAUGAAGGCUUAUAUAAAGCAUUUAAAGAAACAGCAGAAAGAGCUGAGUGCCUUAAAGAAGAAACAUGCAAAG